AGUGACUUCACAAUUAAGAUUACGACCGUGAGUGUUGUGGUCAUACUGUGUGAUGACGUAAUGUGAUGCCGUAUCCUUGCUCAUAAGUGUCAUGCGAACUUUACCUCAUAUCUCACCGGCACGAAAAGUUCCUCGUAUUUCGUCACUUGUUUCUCAAGGUGUGCACACGAAAAUGUGGGGUAUUUGUCAGCCGAAUCCCUCAAAAAAAAAGAUGUUAUCAAUUAUAUUUUUCAAGGCGCGAAAGUGCUGCUGGGUUACGGGUGGUCAUUUAAUGUUUCGGGUUUAAAUGUCAAGGCGCGAAAGUGCUGAUGGGGAAGGGGCCCCUAAGGCCAGCAGGGGACUGUACAAGCAGAGACAAGGAUUUGGCGUCCAGGAGCGUCUGGAUGGUUCCACGUAUGAGGGAGAGUUUGUUAGUGGCCUUAAACACGGCAAGGGGAGAUACACCUGGAAGAGUGGAGAGUUCUACGAGGGUUCUUUCUACAAAGACUACAGGCAUGGUGAUGGAGUCUACUGUUGGCCAUCAGGCAACAAAUUCAUCGGCAGAUUUUACCUCAACUGGAGAGAAGGAUAUGGGAAGCAUCUUUUUCCUGAUGGUGCCAUAUUUGAGGGUUUGUACCAUUCCGACCAGAGGUUUGGCCCUGGUGUGCUUAAAGAGUCCUCAGGGCGUCAAGAUGUGGGUAUUUGGCAUGGAAAACAUUUGAUACAACUCUGUAACACAGUAGAAGACAGCUUCAGCUUGAAAAACAUCCCUGAAUAUGCGGUAUACUUGGAGGAAACUACUGCCUCACCUUCUCUCAAUCAGGGAGCCCGAGAUGACAAUUUGCUGUUAUUUGAUGACAAUACCAUUGUCCCCUCCGGCAUUGAGAAUUAUUCCAUGGACAGUGACCACCUCCCGUUACCCCCGAUGAAAAGAAGAGAGUUCGACAAACAUUUUUACGGCAAUCUAUGGGAGCCCGACGAUGAUCCUUACCAAGGCUACAAGAGAGACCCGCUCUCCUCUCUGCCCUUAAAGAGUCGGAUGCUGGCUCUAAUUCACAAACACAGACGACUGGCUGAAAACUUGGACUGGGACGUGGCAGCAGUUCUCUCCUUAAAAAGGGACAGUUUUGGUGAUAAGGGGUUUUUGGAAGUCACAUCGGAACUGUUGAUCCAGCAGGCUGCCUCAGGAGAACGAGAAGCUGUUUUCAAGAUUCUCCUGGAUGGCAUUGUUCACCCUGAUGUGGCAGAUUCUCAUGGUCACACCGCACUUAUUGCUGCCACGGUAAAUUGCCAAAAUGAUGUGAUCCACCUCUUGUUGGAUAUGGGCGCUAAUAUCGACAAGUUGAAUUUCGAGGGCAUGUCAGCCUUGUCUGUUUGUCAUUGCCUCUACUACCCCUUCCAGUCUUUGUCCACGUUUGCAGGACCUCCUACUACAUCACAGGAUGUCACUGGUGAGUUGAUUGUUCCAGAAAAGCCACAUAGCAGUAAUCAGAGGAAGGCGCUACAAUCAGAAGGCUCAAUUCAGGACGCCGACAAAGAGCCGACCCCGCCACAGUCGUUCACCUCGACCUGCUCCAUGUACAGCUACCACAUAACUGUCACGGAGGAAGUCAUGCAGGGUGCGGUUGAAGCUCUCAGUCGCACCGGCUUUCCUCAGCAUUUCGAUACUCAGGAAACCGCCCGCAGAAUGGCUGCGAUGAAGUUUAUGCACCGGGGCCGUUUGAUCACACUUAAUCUGCUGUUGGAUCGUGGUGCCGACCCGAAUAUAUGCCGAUUCCCCUUACCUGUUCUCUUUUUGGCUAUUAUGGCGGGGGAUACUGAGACUGUCAAGAGACUUCUGCUGUGUGGAGCUCGCACUGAUAUUUCUCUCUCAGCUGAGAUGAAGGGACUAUUUCCUGUACAUGUGGCUACAGCCCUGCCAGGCCCAGAAGGUCCCAAAAUCAUAGAACUGCUGCUGCAUGCUUUAACCGACCCAGAUGCACGGGCAGGCGACCAGGACGAGAUCUACGAACCAGAUAAGGUUUCCAUGAAGGCCAGAAAAACAUGGAGGAUCACGAAGUCAUGCCCUGGAGAGGGAGGACGAACACCUCUUCACGUGGCCUGCCAGAGAGCCACUGACCACUGUAAUGCCAGCAAGGUGGUAUCCCUAUUGCUCUCCCACAGAGCCAGAACAGAUCUCCUCUGGAGUGGACACUCACCUCUCUCCUUAGCAAUAUCAAGUGGCAACGAAGUGGCAGUGGAGGAGCUAUUGAGAGGAGGUGCAGACCCUAAUAUUCCUCUGGGUCGUGGAGUGGGCAAUGCUCUUUGUGCACUAAGUAACUUCAGCUACGAUCUAGAUGACAAAAGAGUAAAACUGUUGGACAUGCUGGAAAAGGCUGGUGCUGACAUGUUGAUGCCAGUCGUUGUGGGUGAUGUCAAGGGGACUGCAGUUGACUUUGCACACCACUCUUUUAAUCAGGACCUGCGUAUUGCCAACACACCCUUCCACACUCUCAACAUGGGGGAGAGGGAAACGUUCAAAACACGUCGCCACCUGCUGAGCAUCAUGGGAGAUCUGCUGAGACACACUGCGGUUCAGAGAGAGAAAGAGCAAAUUGAGAGAGAGAAGCGCAUUUCGCAGACUGCAAAGUUUACAGGUGAAGGUGCUGUUGUUUCCAAUGACAACAAACCUCCCACGGCGGCGAAACAAAGGAAACCCUUUAAGUUCUGUUACCAUUGCGGUCGCUCCGCAGCUGUGACGCUGACUGCUUGUACUCGCUGCCACAAGGUGCUUUACUGCUCGACACACUGCAAACUGAAAGCGUGGAAUAAAGGGCACAAGGAGGAGUGUGUCCGGGAGACUCUGGAAUAGACUUUCUCGAGGGAAGUGUGUGUAGUUCAUCUACCCGUCUUCACACUUGACGCGUACUACCAGGAGGACAAACUGAGAUGACAAAAAGGCAUGCACAAGAUGAAGUACAGAGAAAAAGUGCCAAGGCUUUGGGGAAUGAAAGGACACAUUUGGUAUGGUAAGAAAUGAGGAUAUAUGGAAGGAAUACACCGAUGAAGCUGACAGUUGAUCAAAGUUACGAGUUUUGAAAGGUGCCGUGUUAAGUCUAUAAAAAUUAUUUGCACUUUUUUUCUGUUUUGGGACUCACACAGUCUAAGCCAGGGGUCGGCAACCCAAAAUGUUGAAAGAGCCAUAUUGGACCCAAAAAACAAAAACAAAUCUGUCUGGAGCCGCAAAAAAUUAAAAGCCAUAUUACAUGUGUCAUGAGAUGUAAAUUUAAUUAAGAGGACUUAAAGGAAACUAAAUGAGCUCAAAUAUAGCUACAAAUGAGGCAUAAUGAUGCAAUAUGUACAUAUAGCUAGCCUAAAUAGCAUGUUAGCAUCGAUUAGCUUGCAGUCAUGCAGUGACCAAAUAUGUCUGAUUAGCACUUCACACAAGUCAAUAACAUCAACAAAACUCACCUUUGUGCACUCAUGUACAACGUUAAAAGUGUGGUGGACAAAAUGAGACAGAAAAAGAAGUGGCAUAAAACACGUCCUAGAAAGUCGGAGAAAGUUAUGCAUGUAAACAGACUAUACGGUGAGUUCAAGGACCGCCAAAAUAAGUAGGACAAAACGGCGCUCGCCAAAUACUUGAAUCAGUGAAGCAUAUUUAAUAUAAACAGUGUGAUUUAUAACAAUUACGGAGGUUUGUGUCAUGUUUGUCCUCCUACAGAAACCAUACUAAAACAAAAAAAUUUUUUUUUUUUUCCCCCUCAUCUUUUUCCAUUCUUCAUACAUUUUUGAAAAAUCUCCAGAGAGCCACUAGGGCGGCGCUAAAGAGCCGCAUGCGGCUCUAGAGCCGCGGGUUGCCGACCCCCGGUCUAAGCAGUCAUGUUUAAAUUAGUGCUGUCAAAUCAUUUAUACACUAUAUUGCCAAAAGUAUUUGGCCACCUGCCUUGACUCACAUAUGAACGUGAAGUGCCAUCCCAUUCCUAACCCAUAGGGUUCAAUAUGACACCUUUUGCAGCUAUUACAGCUUCAACUCUUCUGGGAAGGCUGUCCACAAGGUUGUAGAGUGUGUUUUAAAGGAAUUUUCCACCAUUCUUCCAAAAGCGCAUUGGUGAGGUCACACACUGACGUUGGUGGAGAAGGCCUGGCUCUCAGUCUCCGUUCUAAUUCAUCCCAAAGGUGUUUCUAUCGGGUUCAGGUCAGGACUCUGUGCAGGCCAGUCAAGUUUAUCCACACCAGACUCUGUCAUUCAUGUCUUUAUGGACCUUGCUUUGUGCACUGGUGCACAGUCAUGUUGGAAGAGGAAGGGGCCCGCUCCAAACUGUUCCCACAAGGUUGGGAGCAUUAAAUUGUCCAAAAUGUUUUGGUAUCCUGGAGCAUUCAAAGUUCCUUUCACUGGAACUAAGGGGCCAAGCCCAACUCCUGAAAAACAACCCCACACCAUAAUUCCUCCUCCACCAGAUUUCACACUCGGCACAAUGCAGUCCGAAAUGUAGCGUUCCCCUGGCAACCUCCAAACCCGGACUGGUCCAUCAGAUUGCCAGAUGGAAAAGUGUGAUUCAUCAGUCCAGAGAAGGCGUCUCCACUGCUCUAGAGUCCAGUGGCGACGUGCUUUACACCACUGCAUCCCACGCUUUGCAUUGGACUUGGUGAUGUAUGGCUUAGAUGCAGCUGCUCGGCCAUGGAAACCUAUUCCAUGAAGCUCUCUGCGUACUGUACGUGGGCUAAUUGGAAGGUCACAUGAAGUUCGGAGCUCUGUAGCAACUGACUGUGCAGAAAGUCUUUGCACUAUGCUGACCUCUCUGUCAGUUUACGUGGCCUACCACUUGGUGGCUGAGUUGCUGUUGUUCCCAAACUCUUCACUUUUCUUAUAAUAAAGCCGACAGUUGACUUUGGAAUAUUUAGGAGCGAGGACAUUUUUCACGACUGGAUUUGUUGCACAGGUGGCAUCCUAUGACAGUUCCACGCUGGAAAUCACUGAGAGCGGCCCAUUCUUUCACAAAUGUUUGUAGAAACAGUCUCCAUGCCUAAGUGCUUGAUUUGAUACACCUGUGGCCGGGCCAAGUGAUUAGGACACCUGAUUCUCAUCAUUUGGAUGGGUGGCCAAAUACUUUUGGCAAUAUAGUGUAUUUUAUUUAGAUUAAUCACACUUUUGAAUUUGGAUUAUUCAUGACUUAUCACAGGUUAUUACUGGCUUGCAUAAUUGAAAUCAAUUUAAAAAAGACUCCAAAAUCUGGACUCAAAUGCAGAAUGUCAUCCAGGAACGUUUUCCAGCUGUUUUACUUGAGUGUACAUACUUUUAUUUGCUCAGAAUUUGCUCAGUUUUAUUUAAAGUCGAGUCAGGGUGCAUUUUGAAGAUACAUUUUUCAGCGAGCGCACUAGUCAGAGUCUCCUCAUUCAUCUUUGCUUACUAAUGCUGGCAUUGACCUGAUCACUAACCAGAUAACGACAGGUAACCAUCCUUAGCUAAGGUAAAGUUGCAUGCAGUCAACAUAAUUUGUGUGAUUGAUCUGCGUAUAUACAUGAUGAAUGUGAUAUCAUUUUUGUGAUCAAUUACAUUAGUUAAAUCCCUGUUUUUGACAGCCCUAGUUAGAAUAUUACACAUUGAGUUUAUAAAUUCGUCCUGGUCGUGGAACUGUGGACCAGCUCUAUACUCUCGGCAGGGUCCUUGAGGGUGCAUGGGAGUUUGCCCAACCAGUCUACAUGUGC